AUGAACCAAGCACUAGGAUCUAUAUUCGCUGGAGCAAUACCCAGCCAACUCAUGGGCGGAAACAAGGACAAGGGCGACGACAACAAUGUCGAAGCCCCAAGCGAAAACAUGUCCGCCACGAAAGAGCGCAUCGUGAAGGAAAUCCAAACGCGCGUCGAGGAAGCAAAGGGCCUGCAGGAGAAAUCCAUAAAACUCCACGAACAAGCAGACGAGGAGGAGGACGAGGAGGAGGCGGACAAGAUACGGCAGGAAGCGCGCGAAAUCGACAAGAAAGCUGCCAAGCUCAUGAAGACCGCCGAGCGGUUAGAGAAAGGCUGGCUGCAGGGCGGAGCGAUGGGGACGGGUAUAGGCGCUGGUGUUGCGAGCGGGCUUGGGAUGGGUGUUGGUGUGCUGCUGACUGGUGUUGUGGCGAUUCCCACGGCUGGUCUGGGGCUGCUUAUAGGAGCUGGGACGGGGCUUGCUCAUGGGUCUUGGGUCAAGUUCACGGAGACCUUUUCCAAGGAUGAGGCUGAGGAUAUCGUGAAUGAGGCGGAGGAGGAAGCUGAGAAAAUUGCCAAGGGGUAG